UGGAAGGCGGGGCCCGCGGGGCUGCGGACGUUGGCCUCCGCCGCCCCGCAAAGGCCUCAGGAUUUCAAACUUUUGCUGAACUUGUAAAAGCGGCAUUUGGAUGAUGGAUUAAUAAGAACACUGGGAUUCCGUGAGAAGUUUCAAAUUGGAGAAUCUUGAACUUUUCAUCCUCUCCAGAAGUUCUGCUGGUCACCUAAUCACAGAUGAAUGAGGGCACCUGGCCAGCGGUCCAGAGCUGAUGCAGGCCUAUACUGGUGUGUCGGCAAGCAUGAUGAAGAUGAAGAAAAAGUCGUCCCACAAAACACAUCGGAGCAGUGUGGGCACCAGCACACCAGAUUCCCAGCCUCCGCGGAGCAUCGUAGGCUGCAGGAUUCAGCAUGGGUGGAAAGAGGGAGAAGGCCCUGUCACCCGGUGGAAAGGAACCGUUCUGGACCAGGUGCCUGUAAAUCCUUCUUUGUAUCUUAUAAAAUACGAUGGAGUUGACUGUGUUUAUGGGCUAGAACUUAAUGAAGAUGAAAGGGUUGCUGCGCUUGAAGUCCUCCCCGAUAGAGUUGCAACAUCUCAAAUCAGCGAUGCACACCUAGCGGACACGAUGAUUGGCAAAGCAGUGAAGCACGUGUUUGAGACCGAGGAUGGCUCUAAGGCCGAGUGGAGGGGAAUGGUCCUAGCCCGUGUCCCUGUAAUGAGCACGUGGUUUUACAUCACCUAUGAGAAAGAUCCUGUCUUGUAUAUGUACCAACUCUUGGAUGAUUAUAAAGAAGGAGACCUUCACAUUAUGCCUGAUUCUGUUGAUUCACCUCCAGCAGAAAGAGAACCAGAAGUUGUGGACAAACUGGUCGGCAAACAAGUGGAAUAUGCCAAAGAAGAUGGCUCUAAAAGGACUGGCAUGGUCAUCCAUCAAGUAGAGGCCAAACCGUCUGUCUGUUUCAUCAAGUUUGAUGAUGAUUUCCAUAUUUAUGUCUACGAUUUGGUGAAAACAACCUAGGUGUCAUCACGAACUUUGCCAAAUUUGUGGAACUAUUAAAUGUAUAAUUUGUAGAUGUAAAGAUUUGAUUGCUUUCCAUUUUAAUGACAACUUAAAUGUCCCUGCGAUCUCACAAUCUGCCAGCAGAACUGGUUUUGUUCUGAAUAGCAUAGAUUUCUGUGAAUACAAAGUAUAUUGUGUAAGGAACUCCUUCCUCUUAAAAGAAGUCUGUCUGUUUGGAGAGGAGGUACAGGCAAUUUCAGUUUAAAAAAAAAAAGGUUGAGUUAGUAUCAUAGUCAUUUAAAACUGUAAUAGACUUUGUCAGUUUUCCCCUUCACUCUAACAUUCUCUUAAUCUACCACAAUUCAAGCAUGGUUUGGUAUUGUUGUUGUUCCCUUUGUUUAGAUAAAUAUGUGUCAUUACCUAUUUAUCUCUCUGUGGAUAUGCAUGUGUACACAGAUACAUAUACACAUGUAAUCUGUUUAUAUGUA